AUGGCAGAGGCAGGUUUACCAUCAGGAUGGGAAGUUCGCACAUCGAAGUCCAAGAACAUUCCCUACUAUUUCAAUGAAGCCCAAACCAUAUCAAGUUGGGAACCUCCAGCAGGCACAGAUACCGACAAGUUGAAGGAAUAUAUGGCCGAGAACUACAGUGCAUCAGAGAUUGCCGAUAGUGCCAAUGGUUAUGAGGAGAACCAGGGAAAGAUCAGAGCUAGUCAUUUACUGGUUAAGCACAAAGAUAGUAGGAGGCCGAGCAGUUGGCGUGAGGCUGAGAUUACUCGCACAAAGGAAGAAGCGCUGAGUAUAAUUCUUCGACAUGAAGCUCAUAUCCGUUCUGGUUCAUCAUCCUUGGGUGAACUUGCCUCUAAGGAAUCCGAUUGUAGUUCUGCUCGCAAGAAGGGAGAUCUUGGUUUCUUCGGCAGAGGGGACAUGCAAAAAGAGUUUGAGGAUGCAGCUUUUGACUUGAAACCAGGUCAGAUUAGUCGUGUGGUUGAGACUGCUUCUGGUUUGCAUUUGAUUGAGAGAAUUGCAUAA